AUGCUACCAUCGACCUCCCGCAACUUUUUGCGUCGCGUUCAGCCAUGUAAAAGACGGAUUGCAGCUUGCCAGAGGCGGCACUUGAGCCAGUCCGCUGCAGCACACCCACCACAAAAUCCCAAUUCGCGUGCCGAUAGGCCGCUUCCUCGCCAGAACGAUGUCGGGUUCCAACGAACGCAAACUCGCACUACUGCCGCACAGUUUACUGCCGCUUUGGAUAGGCUGUCGACGCAACAAGCAAAAUUUCCUGAUUGCCUUGCCAUUGCAACACAAAUGAAGGCAGCCGGCAUUCAGCCAGACUUAUACGUGUAUAACUCCUUGCUAAGGUCAGCGGCUGAGGUUGGGUUAGGGCAGGAGGCAUGGGCUAUUGUGGAGGAUAUGCAAGCGUCAGAGGUUGCACCGGACAAAUACUCGUACCUCUAUCUCGCUCGGGCGCAACGGUUUAGAGACUCCAACUUCAUGUGGAAUGUCUGGGAUGCACAGGCUGCAUCAGGCAUCGAACCAUCCAUACAGACCUAUUCACACAUUCUGGAGAGAUUCGUUCUAUCCGAUCGACUCGAAUUUGCGAUACAGUUCCUGCACUUUAUGCGAACCCAAGGCCAAGAACCCGAGCUACGAGCUGCACAAGCAAUGGUCAUCAAAGCUGCCAAAAACGGAUUCCCUCGACUAGCCCUCGAUCUCUUGGAUUCCUUUGAGGCAAAUACGACGCGUCGGUUAGACCACGAAGCCUGGAUGAACUGUCUCAUAAGCUCAGCAGAGUCAUUAUAUGCCGAGGGUGUUGCGCGGUGUUGGGCAGUCAUUGUUCAAGAGUUGCAUCUAGUGCCGGACGAAGGCCUAUGUCUCGCCGUUCUCCACACUGCGGCACGCAAUGGGCUUCCCGACCUAGCGACGGACGCGCUCCGAGUACUCAAGGUCAUCGGGUGUCAAUGGCAAGAAUUCCACUUCGCACCCGUGGUAGAGUCCUUCGUCAGGGCUGGUCGAAUCAAGGAAGCGUUCACUACGCUGGACAUCAUGCGGAAAAGCGACAUUCCCCCCGUUCCUGAAACCUCCUUGCCCAUUCUGCACGCCAUAUCCGAAGACACUCAGACGAUCGACAAUGCUUGGAAUCUCAUUGAGCAAAUGCAUAAAGAGGGUUCUCCAAUUGAUGCCGCUGCUUUGAACACUAUCAUCCAAGCGACCUCUGGAAUCGGCGACCUGCAACGUGCCAUUGGCAUCUACAAAAGUUUCGAGGAAUACAGUAUCAAGCCCGACAUCCACACAUUCAACUUCCUUUUAGAAGGCUGUAUCGCCGUGGGUCAUCGAGAGCUUGGCGACAGGCUCCUAGCGGACCUGAAGGAGGCCAAACUCAAACCAGACCGAGAAACAUACAUCAAUAUGGUCUUGCUGUGUCUUACUCAAGAGACGUAUGAGGAUGCAUUCUUUUAUCUGGAGGAAAUGAAGACGGCGAAACACAAGCCACCGAUGCUGGUGUACGAAGCCAUCAUUCGCCGAUGCCUUGCUGCUGGGGACGUUCGCUACCAGAUUGCUGUCGACGAGCUAAAGGAGACGGGGUAUCAGCUAAGCGGAUCGUUGCGCAGAGAGAUCGCGAUGGUUACCGAGGAGGCCAAAAAGCAGAGUCAGACGCAACCCAACGCUUCCGUAGGCCUCGAUGGUGCCGCUCAGCGCUUCAUAGAAACUGGGGGCUUGGUUUAA